UUUUAACAUUUUCAUAUGGAUAUUACUGUAACAUGUUUGAUACAGGGUGCCGUCUCCCAGCGAGAUGCUCGGAGAACUCAUCAGAAUGUUGACCCAGGCCACGAGGCUAUGAAGGCACAAGAGGGCCUAAUCAGAAACAUACACUCCAGCCCAGAUAGAUACAACAGCUAUGAGCAUCAUGUGUCUACCAGCACAGAGAAACUGUAUCCAGGUGCUCCGCUUGGCUACGAAAGACAAGCUAGAAACAACAACCAUCCCCACAAUUGCCCACCUCAAAGGACGAGCUCCGACUUCAGAAGCCCAAUUAGAGUUGACACUACUGUAAGUGAUCAUGAUAUCUACAGUUCAUCCAGUAACAAAAAGACUUCCAAUAUUUACCCAGGAAAUAAAGUAUCACCAAACAGGAGGUACUCCGACUCACCACAGUUUUCCCAUGCACAAAUGAAACCUCUGCAGAGUUCCGGAUCCCAUCCGCAUGGGUUAGAUUUUUCACAGACACCUCCACCCAAACCACCUCGAAGGCACCAGUCUUUGAAUCGCAUUCAUAUUCCUGAGGAUCAAGAUGAGGGAGAACUCUCCGACAAUGAUAGUUAUAAAGAAUGGCAGAAUAGUCCGCUUGUAGGAAAGGAUAUUGGAAGUAGUUUAUCAGGAAGAAGUGACAGAGGAGACAGAGAAAGAAAUUAUGAGCGAGAUAGGUACUUUGAUGCACCAAUCAGUCGCUCAGCUUCAGAUUAUAAUGUUCUUAGACUAGACCAUGCUGUUGCAGAAGGAUACUCAGGAAUAUUCUCUCCUACCUACCAAGAUGCUCCCAUUAGCCGAUCAAAAUCUGACCGUGAAUUCUUUGUAGUGGAACCAGAUAGAAGAACUGCUUCCAGAAGCCAGCCAAUAACCAUUCAGGGAGGCAGGUGCUCUCAGAACCAACAGCAAAAUCAGGGUAACAUAGACAAGGUUAGGUCAGACAGAUAUAGAUCGGACAGGAUCAGAUCACAACAGCAUUCCACCAGGUCGAGAAGCCAAGAGUAUGUGUAUGAUGCUCCACAUUCAACUCCAGCGUCAUAUAAUUAUUCUCAAUCACCCUCAGUGACAUCACCCAUACAGUCACCAACCCAAAGAAAAAGUAACCAUGAAAUGCACAGGGCUUUGGAACAGGAGAGACCACUCCAAAGGCAGUCUCGAAGAGAUGUUUUCAUAGAGACACAAGAAUACUACACCAGAAAAGACAGGCUGGAGGUUGAAGUUGAACGGAGACAACAGACAUCAUCACAAACCUCACUCCACUUGUCAAAUGAUCAUCUCCACAGUCCACAUAACCAUUUUUAUACAUGCAAAAAUGCUCAGGGUUUUCAUGGAGUAAGCAACAAUUCUUACGUUCCUGAAGAAGAUUUUAAGCCACAGGGUUCAUAUAAUCAUCUCCAUACUCCGCCAACAAGCAGAGGACAUCUACCAAUGCCACAAAAAUAUGCUGACGAUCACAGGGUAAAUUACCAUCAGAAAAACCAUAAUAACCAUCUACCUCAAAGCUACCAUGUGCCACAAUCUAGACCACAACGACCUCAACAUCUGUCUUUGAAUGAGUACAGUGAUGCAAAUUAUACCUAUGCAACCAUGGAUGAAAAAUUAUCAAUUGAACAUAAUGCUCAAGAUCAAAAUGGAUCCAAAUCAGUGAAAGUAUAUCCCCAACAGAAAAGCUUGGACCAUUCUUUCAAAUUCCAAACCAUUGAAAACAGUGGACGUAUGCAAUCUCAACCAAACAAAAUCCAGGAUCAACAAGAAUAUGCAACCAGUAAAGAGACUGUUUAUGACAAUUUAUAUCCAUCAUAUCAGCAGCAGUUUUCUAGAUUACCAGUUGUCUUACCAGAAAAAGAUUCAAAAGUUGAGCAUCUAAGAAAAUGUGACAGCAGAGACUUCCACAAGUCAUCACCAACAGAAAGUCCUUGUAGCACAGACUCAGAAAUAAGAGCUUUGAAUGAACCAGUAAGACAAAGCUCUAAAUGGAUCAACACUGAAAAUGUACCAGAACAUAGUAGAUUCCACCAUGGCUCUUCUUUGCCUGAAAGGGAUAUCCUUCGAAGACAGAAGAAUGUUGAUGAACAUGAGCCGUUGUCACAGGUCUCAUUAGAGCGAGCCGAUACUGCCCCAGUUUCUUCUGAUGUAUGGGUGCAAAGAGAUGAUUUCUCUCCACAAAGAGACAGAAUUUCAAAGGCUAGGGAAGGGAGAGCAUCUCCUCUCACAGGCAGAAGGAUGUUGAUACCAAAACAACCUGCAAGGAAUCUAAAUAGUCAAGUCAACGAUGAAAAAAGAGAAUAUACCAAACUUCAAACAACCUCACCUGAGUACAGAUACAAUCACAAAGGAAAUGGGUCACUACCAGAGGAACAACUACAAUGGGUCUACAGUGGCCUACCUCCGCAAAAAUCAUUACUGCAUGGAAAAGGAAAUCCUAAUGGAAACAUUGUACUUCCCAAGACUAUUGACUCAGAAAGACAUUCUGACUCUCCACAUCUGCAAAAACAGUACACAAUACCUGGGAAUUUCAAGCUACAAAUGACAGAGAAACAGGAAUCAGUUUCAAGUCCAGAAAACAUUGAAAUUAGAUCCUUAUCAGAAUCUAGAGAUAGUAAGGAAUAUGAGGUUGUAAAACCAAGAGGAAGAUUAAAGAAUCGUUACAGUGGGUCCUUGUCUGCUCCUGGUAGACGCAGUAAAAGUUUACCGCGCAUUGCACAACAAUCUGAAGAUCUCUGCUACUCUGCCUCAAAUCUUGCCCAUUAUUCUAAAGUCCGAAGUGAGAGUGUUGAUGAAUUGUCUGAAGCGUCUCUUGUCAAAGGUGAACCAGUUUCUCCUGGGGCUUUGCUCUUUGCUCAGAAGCGACUUGAGAAAGAUUUAGCAGAUUUAGCAGAAACUCAUACCGAUUCUGUAGAAAAGUUUGAUAAUUCUCCAGAAGCAGGAUCAGUUUGGAUUAAACGAGAAGAGCAAGAACUGUUAAAGCAGCAUCGUGUUUACAAAGAACACCGAACAAAGAAGCAAGAAGAAAUCCUCUCUGAAAUGACGUCACUUAAUCCUGAUUUUGUAAACACUUCACCAUUUUUACAGCAUCGCAAUUCUCACAGAUUUGAACAUGAUGUUGAAAAAGCAAUCGAUGAGCUAGAAAACUUCCAUCAUAUCGUUGACAAAGAAGCAGAUAAUGUUCUCCAACCAAAACAUUAUAAGCCAUACGAUCACAGGUCAAAUGAGAUGCCUGCAGCCAUUUAUGCAGAAGAUACAUCAAAAUCCAAAGAUUUAAAAUCACAAAUAACACUUGCACAACGGAAACGAAGGGGAAAAAGGGAUCAACCUAUGUCAGGAUUUGGAAAAAUAACCACCAGUAAAAGCUUAGAUUCCAUUACAGAUGCUUUGAGAGCAUCCCAAGAGUUCCUACCUUUCCGUCAAGCUCAGCAUUCUAACUUGUCUACCCAGUCAUCUUUGAGUAAGUCAACAGAAAGCCUGCAUUCACCUCGACGAUCCAGGCGAUCAUAUGCAAAGAGAGAUGCACGGUCAAGCUCUGAAGAAGACUGGAGAAACCCAAGACGAUCGUUGUCCUACGGAUCGUUAUAUAAGCAACCACAUUUUGAUAACAUGGGCUUUAGUUCAGACAGUAGUCCAUCAAGUCCAGUAAGACUUGUCCACCACCGAAAGGUCAAGACAAAAUCUCUGAUUGGCAUUCCAUUAAACUUUGGAUCAAAGGAAAGUAUACCACUUAAUACAAAUGAUGAACUGACACCUGAUGGCUUUUCUGGGGAACCAGUUAUUGAACCAGAAUUGGUUAAAAUUGUCCUGGAAGUUGAAGAAACAUCACCAAGUAUAUUUGAUAAAUUGAUAUCUGCUCCAGUGUCAACAACCAAUUUGAGUGUGGCUAUGCCAGGGGUGAGGUAUAGUGUUGCCUCAGUGUCAUCCAUUGAUAGCCAAGUUCUAUCAAAACCUUUUGAAGAAAUGGAUGCUGAAUAUAAUUAUUUGGCAGUUGAUCAUCGGGUGGAUGUUUCAUCAGAUGAUGAUCCUGGUGAUAUCACACCGGAGGACUUGGUUCAGGUUGGUGGAACCAUUAGUGCCCUUUGCUUCCCACGCCAUCUUAUAAAGCCUGAUGCUAAAAAGCCACCAAUAUAUCCUAAACGUUCUUCAGGCGGUCAAAGCCCUUCUUCCCCAAAGGAGCAGUCAACACUUACUGUUCCCACCAUUAUAAAGAACCUACCAGAUCCAAAUAGCUUUGCACCUAUUGCCUUUGAAGAGAGUCUCUCUGACACCGAUGGAAAUAACACAGACCCUGAUGCACCAAGAAUGGAGACUCCUGAUGAUGGUACUGUACCAACUUCUCCUUGUGACAGAGAAAGUAUUUCAGAUUCACAGAUAAAAAAUCAACACUCUGACCGUGUUGGCAUUGUGGCACCAAGAUUGAAGAUUCAAUCAGAAACUCAGAAUUCUGUCCCAGAUGACAAAGAAAGAGGUUAUUAUGAUGCUUACAAAGCUGAUGUGGAUAAUGCUAGGAGAGAUCUAGAGAUUCCAGAGGCACCUCAGUUGGCUGGAAAUAUUCCUACAGAGUCUGGGGACGCGCCAGACACUUUUUCUAGUGAAAGCACAGGAGAAAAUAAGGAACUAGAAAAAAUGGACAGAACAAACAACAGAAGUGUAAAACCAGUUGCAAGGCUACGUGAUAAGUUCAGUGAUCGUCCGUCAUCAUACCACACCUCGUCUGAACGUCAGCAGAGAUUCUUGGCUGCUCGACCAUCUAGCGGUUCAUACUCGUUACGAGGAGACAGCUACGAAAGUCAUAGUAGUCGUCGAUACAGUGGGGAUUAUACUCGAUAUUCAACUAGAGAUAGAAUAUCUUCUGCUGAUUCACCGUUAUCGUCCGAUCGUUACAAAAGUCGUAGCCCACUCUCAAGUACCACAGAUCAUGUUACAAGCCGGAAUAGAACAAGGCCAAGUUCAUUGACUGGCAGCUUCGAUUCUAAACGUGCUAGUACUGAGAGUGGUUACGGAAGCCUUGAAAAAGAGAAAAAACGAAGCAAUAGGGCAACAGACCCAAGUUACAGUAGUCACAUAACACGUAGUGACAAAUCAGAGACGAGCACCCAGUCUCUAACGGACAAGUAUCUUGGUGCACGAUCAACCAAUGGGGAUUUAACAAGUCCCAGAUACAGUCCCACUUCUCCUAAGUACCCGUCAAGUAGUCGCAAAAUGGGUGGCACUCUAGCUACAACUGCCAGCGAAAAAUUGUCACAGUUGCGGCAACAUAUUAGCGGUUCUGAAUCAGCAGAGGAUGCAGAAGCACGUACAGCACGUAUUACAAAAUACAAAGAGCAGCGAAGGCGGGAACUCGCUGAAAAAUAUGGAAUUGGUUUAUCGCCCUCUAGUAGUGAGAAUGAUCUCACUGGAAGACAAGCAUCACAGUCUGGAUUAUCAAAAGAACGUAAAUAUUCGGAAAAUGAUACGAAAAAAUCUCUCGAGGAAAGUAAAAGCAAAGCACCACUAGCUAAAGAGGAAUCAGUUGAUAGUGUAUCAAGUAAAUCUUCAAUAAAGGUUAAAACUGACGAUGAUGACGUCUUUGUUGUAAAAGAGGAUUCACCCAACACAAAACUUGCCAUCGACUCUUCGGUUAUCUCACAAGAAACGAAACAACUCGUUACUGCAUUAGAAGCAUCACGGGCUGCUCGUCGAGAAAGAAUGCGAAGAGCUGAGAGUAUAGGAGAGACGGAGACGGAGAAAAUUCUAGCUAGACAUAAGACGAGAAAAAUUAGCGAUGGUGAAAAGAAGUCAAUGCAAACUCAACAAGAAGCUGGUCUAGAAACUCAUUCAAGCAUAUCAUCCUCAGAGUUACCGUUAACAUCACUUCCUUCACAAACCAAACCAGAACCAGAGGUCAUAGAAGAGAGAAGAGCUGAUGAAGUUGCACCUCCACAAGCAGACAAGAGGGACCCCACAGAAGACAUUACUGUGCCUGCGAAAGAAAUCAGCCAAACUCGCACAUCUAGGCAACGGGACCGCCAUAGGAAACAGUGUGUUCCGAUCACACAGGAGGAACUUAGGAAAGCAAGAGAACUUGAAUUUGGAAUUGAGACUAAAUUUGGCCCAGAUAUAUGUGAUGAAUCUGCCCAGGAACCUGCAAUAGAAGAGCAGAGGCAGUGGGCUGAACAGGCAACAAAAACCUCUCUGCAUCAGGUAGAGCCAGAAGACAUUACUGACGUAAUAUCUGAUGACGAAGACAUGAUGCAUCGACAAAAACGAGAACUUUCCAGAAGAGAGCAAGAUGCUAUUCGGAUUCAUUUAGAUCGAGUUAAUAAAGCAAAAGCUGCCAAAGAUGGAGGUAGUCCUAGGAAGUUGUCAACCGCAAAAUCAGAAAGGAUCAGUGUUGAUAAAAGGGAAGAAAAAGUAGCCACCAGAAAAGUGUCCUCUAGCUCUAGACAAAGAAACCGCUCUCCAAUCUUAAGUCCAGAAGAAGGAAGUCCACGUGAUAACCGGUUAAGGAAGCGUUCAGACACUUCUAGACCAGGGACAGUUGAUGUCACCAGUAGCCCCAGACUUCGUUCUGGUUUAGCAGAAAAGGAGAAAAAAUUAACAAAAGAAACUUCAAAGGCAUCCAAGAUUGAAUCAGAAAAAACGCGGAAACUGUCUUCAAGUGUGCGAACAGAAAUUAAACAGGAGAAAAGUAGUGAAAAGAAAAGUCCAGAACGUAAAAAAUCAACAUCAACAAGAAUUGAAAGGAAAGAGAUUUCAACAAAUCGACAGACAACACAGAAAACUGUUAGCACAGCUCAACAAUUAAGACAAGAGAAGAAAUCAGUUGAUGCCAAAGACUCUGAUGCAAUAACUAGAAAAGCCAAAAAACUUUCUGAUGAUGAUCAAAAUGAGGUAAAGUUAAAAACAAAUAAGUUGAAAGAGCGAUCAAAGAGUGAAGUUGUGGAAAAACCAGGAAAUAAGUUAAUCAAAGACACUAAAAAUCAAUCAAGUAAUGUUACAAAAUCUUCUAGUUCUGAAGAAGGGUAUCCAUCACAUGGCUUGCGUCGACAUGGAUCGUUGCGGACAAAAACUGAACUCGAGAAGGACAAAUCUAAAUUCAAUGCCCUGCAGGUGAAAGAUGAUGAGUUGUUAUCAAUGAUGAAGCUUCGUAGAGCCCAGCUGGUGGAUGGAAACAGUGACUCUCAGGAGGAUGAGAAACAGACAAUAAAGAAGUCUGAGGAAAUUACAAAAGUAAAUGUUUCAGAACGAUUGGAGAAAUUCAAACAAAUUGAUUCCAGUCAGUCAGAUUCACAGAAGCAAUUGAAGUCUGCAAUGAGGAAGUCUUGCAGCUUUGACCUACCAGCAGAAGAACAAGGAACGGACGACAACAAAGAUGUGCUCUCCUCUUUGAGUAUCAGCCAAAAGAAAAUCAUGUUUGCUAAGAUUGCUGUAGAUAGCAGUACCCCACCACCAUCACCUAAGCCAGUACACAAGUGUGUUCAACGUCUUAGAACGCAUGAUAGAUGGCAGACCCAGCCUGUUACACCUGAGGAGCUUACGGAUGCUGCUAACUGGGCCCAGAAUCAAACAGCACGAUCACAAAGUUCAAUCAGUCUUACAUCAACAACAGCAGAGGUACAAGAGGAUGAAUUCUCAAAAUUGACGCUAUCAGAAAAAAUGAAAUUAUUCAAAGAGAAAGCUGAAGAGACAAAAAAAGAACCACCACCAAAACGAUCAACUCCUAGACGUAAAAAGCGUACGGAGUCCCGAUUUAAAACGCAACCAGUUACAAUUGAGGAGGUUAAGAAAGCUGGUUCAUUCUCUCCACUUGCCUGUAGUUUUGCAAAACCUCCAGAUCCAGAACUCCUGGCAAAUCUUCCAUUGGCUGACCAAAUUAAACUUGUAUUUAAUCAGCAAAAUGCAGAAAAGAACUCUUUGUCAGGAAGCAGGGGAUCUCUUUCAUUGUCAGGUAGUCGUGGCUCCAUCACAGAACGCAGAGACUCACAAUCAGACAGUAAAGACCCUAAGGCAGGGGAACUAGACAAUAGGAACUUCACACCCCCUAGCUCUCCAUCUGUUCAUCGUAGUAUUUUAAAGAAGCAACCUUCUGGGGAGAGUACAGAAGGGGACGGUGCUGAUUCUCCAAGAAGCAUUCUGAAAAUUGAGCGCAAGGACAGUUUUAACAAUGUUGUUAGACAUGAAAGUGUCAAAGUUGAGAGAAGCCUUGCUGAUGACAGCAUUAGGGCAGAGAGAGUUCGUAGUAUCUUAAAGUCAGAGCAAGAAUUAACAAUUGAAACUGAGAAAGAUGUUUCCAGUAUCCUUCGUAAAAACUCUGGUGCUGAUAAGAAAGAUGUUGAAGGAAUUCUGAGGAAGGAUUCUGAAUCUGAUCAAAAGAAAGAAUCUGUGGAAAGUAGGUCAAUUUUGAAGAGAGAUACCAGUAAAGAUCGAGUGGAAGUGUCUGGAAUAUUGAAGCGUGAGGCUCAGGAGGUCAAAGAGGUGAAACAAGAGCCUUCAAAUGGAAUAUUAAAAAGGAGUACUGAAAAUAAAGUCAAACAUAUUUCUCGAGUUUCAGCUGAUCUAUCAAGCUCUGAAUCCGAGACAGAAGUAAGAAAGCGUAAGAAGUCAAAAGAAGAGAAGAAAGGAACGAGGCGAGCGCUGAGUAAAGAGAGUGGCAAGCCCGACAGAUAUAAGACCCAGCCUGUUGAUGCCCAUAAACAAGAGAAAGAGGUUGCAAAGAAGCCAGUAAAGAAACUAUCACCAUCAUCACAGAGGUUUCAGACACAGCCUGUUACGCAUGAGGAAAUGGCUCAGGUGAAACAGCUGGUAGAACCCUCAAAAUCCAGAGCUUCUAUCACAGAAAGACUACAGAAUUUAAAGCAAAAUGGAGAGGAAGGUUGGAAAACGCGAUUAAAGAAAUACGAAGACUCGCCGAAAUCUACUACCCUCAAAGAUCGGCUAUCUGCACUGGAGAAUAAUGCAUCUCUCACAACCAAUGGAGAUGCGGGACAGAAGUUGGGUAUUGCGGAGAGGCUUCAGGCACUUCAACAAUCCGGUGAGCACAGCUGGAAGUCAAGAGUUCAAAAGAAGGACAUUGAUCAGUUCACCGUGCAGGGCAAGUUAGAAAAGGCGGGAAAAUCUUCAGAUUCCUCCUCCGAAAAGCUGUCUGUUGUUAAUCUAAAUAGAAAGAGACCUGGAUCAUUCAGGACUAUUAGCCAAAAGAAAGAAAAAAGUGAAGAAAAGGAAAAUGAAACUAAGAAAAACCAGAUAAAUGGAAAUAUAAAAGUAAUACCAACAAAAUCCAAAUUUGUCCAAAGUAGUUCUUCCACAACGACAACCGCCACCGAAUCAUCGGAAUCCGAGCCAGAGGUGCGCCUCAUAAAGAAAAAGAUUGCCGUCCUCGUUCCAGCUGACGAAAAGUUUGAGGAGUUCUUUCAGAGCAGUUCCAAAACCAUCUCAUCAACUUCAAAGACAACAAGAAUCGAGAAGGUUACAAGUGUCUCGCAAGAAAUGACUGUCUCAGAUUUUGAUUUAUUAACAAAAAAGAGUGGACCAAGAUUAGAUUCUUUAGUAUCAACUCAUAAAAGAACAAUACGUCCUCAACGGAGGGCUAGGGGUUCUUUGAAUCCAGUAAAAGCAUUACAGAAGCGGGAAAAUGUUCAAUCUGAGUACACAGAAGAGAGGAAAGAAGUGGUACAAGUUCAAACUAAAACGCAAUCACAGAAAAGUAUUGGUGGUAAACAAACAGAUUUCACUGGGUAUUCUUUAGCAUAUUUCACAAGUCGUAUGGACUUAAAGAGGGUGAGCCUACGCAAAACAGGGGAUGUCCGAGCUGUAGAGGGUUUAAUGCUUCCGUAUAAGGAUCUCAUGCUGAUGCAGAUUAAAGGGAGGAAAUCGGUGCAAGCACGACUUGUUGAACCAAUUGCAAAAUCACUCAACAGUGGAGAUUGUUUUGUACUUGUUACGUCAAAGCAGAUCUUUUGUUGGCAGGGAGAAUAUGCAAACAUUCUUGAAAAAUCAAAGGCUGCAGACUUUGCCCAGUACACUCUGACCAAGAAGGACUUGGGCUGCAAGGCUACUGAAGUACAUGUAAUACAAGAAAACAAGACCAAAUUUGGAAGACCAGUUCGGGAGUUUUUUAAGCUUUUAGGUGGCGAGGAUUCUUAUGACGAUGUCAGAGGUGCUGAGGAAGAUGAAAUACAGGAGAUAUACAUCAACGAGACCAAUAUGAUCUAUAGACUCAAAAACGAGCAACUACAACCAUAUAAAGACUAUUGGGAACAGAUUCCAAAGUAUGAGAUGUUUAACAGUAAUGAGAUUCUUGUUUUUGACUUUGGAGCUGAACUUUAUCUAUGGCAAGGAAGGUGUACGUCAGCUGAGGAUCGUAAGCUAGGCUUAAAACUCAGCCAGUUGCUAUGGGAACAAGGGUACGACUACUCAGAUUAUGACAUCAAUCCAAUAUUUCCGUCCGAUCCAGAAAAGUCCAAGAAGGGGAAAAGCAGACCAGACUGGGCACUGUUUGCAAAGAUGAAUGAAAGAAUGGAGACGAUUUUGUUCCAGUGUAAGUUUGAUGAUUGGCCAAAUGAUUCUCGACUUAUUAGGGUCAAGAGUCAAGAUGGUUCACAGAAGAAGGAACCAAUGCCUGAACUAGUAGCUUGGGAUGCUAAGAAGAUGGUAGCGCCCUCACGUGAUAAAGGCUACCUCAUUUUAGAGGGUACAAACUUGGGGAGAGGAACUGGUACAGCCAGUUUGGAAACACCUAAACCAGAUAUUGAAGGUUACGUAGACAAGUUCCAGUCUCGUGGACACGUAGUAGUAACAAUUUCUGUCGCAACGUGGCAUAUCAUGGAAUUUGAAAGAAGCAUCAUGCCAAAAGAAUGCUUUGGACAGUUGCACGAGGGCGACACAUAUGUUGUACGUUGGCAGUACAGGAUUGAGGGCACAGGAAUGCGUGAUCUGAAGGGCAACGUCUCAACAAGAGGCAUCGGACACGGCAAAGAGAAGUGUGCAUAUUUUUUCUGGCAAGGGUCGCGUAGUACCAUCAAUGAACAAGGUGCAUCGGCGCUUAUGACCGUCGAACUUGAUGACGAGCGAGGCCCCCAGGUCAGGGUCAUACAGGGUAAAGAACACAGUGCUUUUCUCAACCUUUUUGAGGGCUCUUUGAUCGUUCACAUGGGUAAACGAGAAGAGGAAGACACCAACACUCAGGGAUCCUACCGGUUAUACAUGGCACGUGCCGAAGAAGAAAAUGAGGGUUAUCUGUUAGAGUUGCCAUGCAUUGCUCAUUCACUACGAUCAAGAUCUUCUUUCGUGCUUCUAAAUCUUGAGAAAGUUGAGAAGAAAGAGGUUGAGAUCUAUGUAUGGCAUGGCAUCAAAUCAUCAGAGGCAUCUCAAAAGGUGGCUAGAAGAUGUGCAAAUAAAAUGAAAGAAAAUAUGCCUUUAGAAGCUGGUCUGAACCAAGAGUGCACAGCAACUAUCCACGAGAUGGAAGAGGGCAAAGAACAUAAAACAUUCAACAAGAUAUUUAAAAUGGAAAGGAAAUCAUAUGAUAGUGCAAUAGGAGAUCCAAUGGAAUUUGAUUUCACUCCUCGUUUAUUUCAUUUAACGAGUACGUCAGGAAUAUUUAAAGCACACGAGAUUCUAAACCCUGCUCGAUCCAAUGAGCACGCUUGUCCCUUUCCUGUCCUCCAAUCAGAUCUGUACAGCGUAUCCCAACCAGCACAAUUUUUACUGGAUAAUCAUUACGAAGUCUACCUCUGGCAAGGAUGGUGGCCUCAAGACACGGAGGAGGAUGGCAUCGUGAAAACAGGAUCUGCCAAAAUGAGAUGGGAUACCGAUAGGAAAUGUGCCAUGGAAACAGUCAUGGAAUACUGCAAAGAGAAAAGACCAAAAAAUCCUCCAAGAGCCUUCCUAAUCCAUGCUGGAUUGGAACCGUUGACUUUCACCAACUUAUUUCCGUACUGGGAGCAUAAAUCAGAAGUUGAAGAAAUUAACAAAGAGGAAGGACGAUCUGGAGACAAGGCAGUGCUGGUAAAAGAUAUUCUGGAAAAACUAAAUAAAACAAGGUACACGCUUGCUGAACUCAAAGAGCGCCCUCUACCAGAAGGUGUUGAUCCACUCAAGUUGGAAGUUUAUUUGUCAGAUGAGGAGUUUGAGGAAAUAUUAAAAAUGCCAAAAGAUGAGUUUGCUCAAUUACCCGCCUGGAAACAAAAGAAUUUAAAGAAGAAUGUAGGCUUGUUCUGAUUCUAGAAGACACAGAGGCAAUAAAUAUAAAUGUAUUGCAGCAUCAAAUGGCGGUAUCAACAUCAGAUGAUGGUAUUGUCACCAAAUAGUGCUAUCAACAGGCGGUAUUAUCAAUGAACUGUGAUUUAACAGCAAUGAUGAAGAUGCCUAUUAGAUUGCAAAGCAAACAACUGCUGCGAAGGAUGUCAGGUCCAUUGUGAGGAUCAAAUAAUUGACUGUAAAUGGCCUAUGAAUUGUAAAGAACUUUUGUAAAGAUUUGAGGAUUAUAUGGAGUGUUUUAAAGUUGAAGAUUGUUUUGAAAUGUGUGCUAAAUUUAUUCAAUGAAGGGAAUGCUUAAAAGCAAUUCUUGCCAGAGAUGAAUAAGCUGUUGGAUUUCAGUUGAAAUAAAAUUGAUGCUCAAACUUAAUUGUAGUAGAUUAAAGAUGGAGGUUUAAAACGAGAUGCUAUCAGUUCUGUUUUAACCUUGAAAAUCUACAACAAAAAUAUUUCAGAUGUGAAAAUAUUUUAGACUGUUUGCAUUUACAUCAUUUUAUUGUUUACAAAGCAAUAUAUUUUGCUAUAUUUUUAAUAACACCAAUUAUUUUAGUUUGGUAUAGAGUUAUAUGAAGAUAAUUUGAAUUUAAAUGCAUUUAUUUUAACUGGACACAUUAGAAAAUAUGAAAAGAUUCAUUUAUAAAGCAUUUGUAAUGGAUGCCAUAAGCUGGUCUUAUUGGUGUGCACUGCAGUGGUUAUUGCAGACGUCACUCCAGAGUUCAUUGCAGAGGUCACUGCAAGAUCAUGCGUAUGGAAAGAAGGAAUGUCAGAUGUACGCGGAUUAUGUCUACUUAAGAGAAAGAUUACUUACAAGUAUUUAAAUAUGGUGGUGAAAUGCAAUAGUUUCAAAAGAGUCCUGAAUUAUUUUUGCACUUAACUAAGGGGCAUAGAAUUUAUCACUUGGCUGAGUUGCCUUUAGGUCAUUUUCACUUGGCAUUGUGGCUUUGUGUUGUAUAAAAUCAGGAGUAAUCUUAAGUGUUCUUAGUAAUAGCUCAAGUGUUGUAGGAGCAAAGAGAUUUCAACAUUCGUGCCUUUCUUCACUUUUAAUGAAUUAAUGCAAUUUUUCUGAAUGUAAUUUUGCGUAAUGUUUGUUUUAAGUUCAGAUGAAAUUAGCGUUUUGAAUAGUUACUAUGAAUCUUAAUUAUUAAAUGGAUAUGAGUAUUUCAAUUUCUGAUUUGAUGAAACAUCUGUACCUAACACCUAACAUUAUAUUGUCAGCCAAUAAAAAUAUAGAUUUUCUUUUUACCUUUCUAAUGAAUUAUAGCCGGCUGAUGGUUUUAAUUCAGUUGAGAUGUCUCCUCAUAAACCAAGUUGUCAGCACCAGUUAAUGUGGAAUCCAUGUUUAAUUAUAUGCAUCAAUUUGAUUUGCAUGUGUAUUUAUUAAAAUAUAUUCUGAAGUGGUUAAUAAAAGGGAUGUUUAUACAAUUUAGUUGCUAUAGUUAUAGAAGAAAAUCAAAACCACAUUUUUAUACAUUCAAAUUGCAAAAGGUUGAUGUUACGUUCUCUUCCGGAACUUCCUGAAAUGAAGUGGGCAUAAAACUAUUGCAUUCAUCAAUAAGAUCUCUACCAAAGAAACUAUAUAAACAGCUUGCAAAUUUUAUUAUUUACAUAUAAUUUGCAUUGCAAAUUACUUUGGAAAUAUGCAAGUGAGUUUGUUAACAUUGUCAGCUUGUAAUAUCCUUUGUUAUUUUGACUUGGAUAUAUUUGCUUAUUUUUAAUUCUGGUGUUGUUUAAUGUUUCUCAAUAUUCACAUAAGCAUUUCAUUCCUUGUCUUUGGGAAAGUCUUCCAGCUAUUGUUUGCAAUUUGUUUUGUAUGGAAUACAAUCCAAAAAAUUAGGAUUUUGGUGCUCAUUAGAAUUUAUGAGAUUGCAAAUGAUAUAUUCUUAUGCUUUUAGGAAGAGAUAUUGUAUAUAUAUCACAUUUUUAUUGUAUUUUUUCAUAGUUUUCUCGGUGAAAGCAGAGUGUUUUUCAUAUUCCAUUCAAGUUUUACCACGUUAAAAAAAAUUGUUUUCCGCUUGGAUAAAUUUUGAAAGUGUAUGUUGAGAUGAUGUUUUCUGGUGUUAGUUACACAAUCGUGUCGUCGUUUCUUGUUGGUAAUAGUUCUCUUUAUAUACUUCAGCAUCUUAACACAACAGUGCAAUUAUUUUUGUUAACAUUAAGUAUGAGAUGACGAGUAGUUACUACCAUUUAAAACAGCGUUGGGUAUUAUUGAACUGUGUACAAAUAUUAUACAUAAUUGUAGACGUACUUGCCUGAAUUUUUGAAUGAAAUAGCUUCUUAGAUGAUGACGGUGUUGAUGAUGAAAGGAAGGUAAUGAUGUCAUUUUGAUGUCAUUUAGUCACUGCAUAAUUUUGUUUAACCUUUUAUAGUUAUAGAGAUUUUAAAGGGAACAAAUAAUGAUUACACAAACAGUAAUUGCCAAGCCAUACUAAUACAAUGUUCUAUAAUUUUGAUAUUGAUAAUUAUUAUUAUUGCUAUUACCUGUAAUUUAGUGUAUAUUUCAAUAAAUAAUAUUUUUCUGCUAUGAAAGUAUAAUUUUCAGUUAUCUGUAUAGUAAUGUGUUUAUAGUAUUAUAGUAGUAAUUCAAUAACGUAUACUUUUAGAUGUAUAAAAACAUAUACUUGUUAGUCAAACUAUAUUUAGCAAAGAGUGUAGCAUUUGUAUUCUGCAAAUCAGUACUUCUUGAUAAUGACUAACUUGCGUUAUUUAAAUAAAGCUUGUAUAAUGAAAA